AUCCCCCUCCUGCCCCCCACAGCAGAUGACACCCAGACCUCGCAAGGAAAGACCCUUGCUGCUUGUCUGUACGGACGCCCUGCACAAUCCCCCAGCCGGCAGAACCUGAGGAAGGGUCGGCUCUUUCCCGUUUGCUGGAAUGGUAUCUGUUCAUUAACUGUGGAGUGCCACACUGAACUGAACCUCCUGGACGCUGACACGCCUGGGCCCCUCCUGUAACAUGACACAUUUCCAGAAGAAGACGACCACAAUGUCCCUCACCAUCUCCUCCUGCUCCCGGGAGUCUUCCUCGGGCACAGGGCUCCAGCAGAGACACUCCAGCCUGGUCCAACCACUCCGGAUCAGCUCCCCGAGGAUGCAGAGUCCAUCCUACAGCCAGCACUCUUCAGGAAAUGGGGGAGUCGCCCCAUCAUUCGUAAAGUGUCUNCAUGAUGUCAGCACAGUGAAGGGCCAGCUGGUGGUCCUGGAGUGUCGAGUCCGAGGGACACCCCCGCUGCAGGUGCUGUGGUACCGGGAAGAGGAGCAGAUAGUGGACUCGGCUGACUUUCGGAUCCUCAAGAAGAAAGCCAGUUCUGUAUCGGUACCUGAGGAGGUCUGCACUCUGGUUAUUACAGAGGCUUUCCCAGAGGACUCUGGGAUGUUUAAGUGUGUGGCAGGCAAUCAGUAUGGCACAGUGUCCUGCAGUGCGCUGCUGGAUGUCUACUCAGGCCUGGAGGAGGUGCUGGCCCACGAGGAGACCACCAGCUCUCCUGCAGAACCUCUCCCCGACACCCUGCCCUCCUUCCCGCACGGCGCAGUGGAGAUCCCGCCCCCAGAGUGGCCAGACAGCCCCGAGGAGGACAGCGAGCCCUGUGCGGACCCCUGCUCGGAAGGGUGUACAGAGCAGUGGCAGUGCACUGGUACCCCAGCAGAAGAGCAGCACCGCCCUGCCCUCGGUGAAAGCAGGGUACCUCCCCCAGCCUGCACGCUACCCUCACAGCGGGCCGAGGAGCCAGCCAGCCCCCGCCACCCCAGCAGCCAGCGAGACCCUCCGGGCGACAUGAGCAUGGCCGACUUCCCCUCAUUCUCCCCCACAUCCUACCCGCCCAGCGCCUUCAACUACGAACGGCCGCGCCACUUCAUCCAGGCCCAGCCGAGGUUCCAGGCCCCGUCCUACGAGAGCCUGCAGCCCCGCCCCCCCCAAGCCUCCGCCGCCUUCCCCAACGGGCACAGGGCCUCCCCCUCGUCCUCCACCCUCAGCUCUCCCGUCUCCACGCCGUCCUCCUCCCUCGGCUCUCCCCGAGAGCCCCCCGCGCCCCGCCCAGCCUCCCCGUCUCGUGGCCCCAUGAAGUCCAGCAUCACCCUGGUGCCCAGGGUCUGCGCUGGUGCCCCCUCUCAGUCUCCAGCUGCCUUCAUCAGCUCUGUCCUGCCUUGUCCGGCAGCUUCCCAGUCCAUGCCAGCCUCCGUCCCCCCACCGAGACCCCCUUCCCCUGCGUACUCUCCGCGCUCUCCCACUCCCCCAAGACUCUCCCCUCCUGGGCCCCAGAGUGCCUCUGGCCAGCCUGCGUCCUUGCCCGCUAAUCACAGACCAGCUCCAGCAGUGGAAACCUUCCCAAGACAGAUCCUGAAGAAGAAGAGCCCCCGGCCUGCCUCCCACACUACGGACGAGGAGAUCCAGGGUUCCAAGGACGCCCUGAUCCAGGACCUGGAGAAGAAACUGCGCUGCAAGGAGGCGCGGAGAAGGAACGGCAGCCAGAAGCUGACCUAUGAGGAACGGAUGGCGCGCCGGCUGCUGGGUCCGGACAGCGCUGCCUCCGUGUUUGACAUCGAGGGCUCCCAGGACUCGCAGACAGAGCAAAAUUCACCAGACAGAAAACACACCAGCCAAGGACAACAGCGGAACAUGCCCGAGUCGGGGUCGGAGGACCCCGAGACUGCCUCCAUCCAGGAGAAGUGCUAUGCACCCCGCUUCCUGCAGGUGCCCCAAGACCUCACUGUGGAAGAGGGCCGCUUCUGCAGAAUUGAUUUCAAGGUGGGGGGGUUGCCCACCCCAGACGUGUCCUGGUAUUUAAACGGGAAGCUCAUUGGCCCUGACGACUACCACAAGAUGCUGGUGUGCGAGAAGGGCGUGCACUCCUUCAUCAUCGAGAUCGUGACCGUGCACCACGCCGGCGAGUACGAGUGUGUGGCCCGAAACCGCGCUGGGGAGAGCCGCUUCACCCUGCACCUCAGCGUCAUCGCCCAGGAGCUGCAGCGCCCCCCAGUGUUCGUCCGGAAGAUGCAGAACUCGCGGGCUCUGGAGGGGGACUCCGUGAGGCUGGAGUGCCAGGUCUCGGCUUCCCCGCCACCCCAGCUCUACUGGAAGAAGGACAAGGAGAUGAUGCGCGUGGAUCCGGGCAGAAUGAGCUUAUAUCAGGAUAACUCCGGGCGCCUCUGCUUGCUGAUCGACCGCGUGGAGAAGGCCGACGCAGGCUGGUACACCGUGUCGGCCAUCAACGAGGCCGGCAUGUCUACCUGCAAUGCCAGACUGGAUGUGGGGACUCGCUUGACCAAGGCCGCCACCGUCGCCAAGCCCCUGAAAGUGCGCCCCACGUUCAGCCAGGGCCCAGCGCUGGCCGGGCAGGGGGCUGGCGGACCGCGGCAGCAGGCUCCCCUGUGCGAGAGCGAGGAGCUGUAAAGACAACGCUAGAUGCCAGAGUCACGCCAGGGCUUGGAUUUGUAGGUUCGUGGGCGUGCUGGGGGGGGAUCCUGGGAGUGGCUCCCUCCAGGAGGUGUACACCAAUGGCCCGUCUCUCUGCCCUGUUGCCACUGAUCGACCCGCUAUCAGAACACAAAUGAGUUCUCCCCCCCCAUCCCCUCCACCACUGGGAACUGAGAAAUGUUUUAAAUUUCUCCCUUUACAAAGUGUUUCGCAAGACAGAACUUAAUAAUGGUUAGAAAUUAGAGAGCUGUCUUGUAUGUAUGUUUUGAGUCAUGUUUUUAUUAUACAGAGCCAGAUUUAUUUCUAUCAAAAUAAUUUAAAAAAAUUCUAAUAUAAGCUAUUUAAUAGGAAACUGGUACUGGAAUAUUUAGUAACAUCUCUCAGAAAGCCUUCUUUACUUAAAAGGGUUGUCUUUCUUUCUGCCACUAAAAAUGUGAAGCCACAGACUUGGAAACACACACUUGAAUUGUAUCUGUAAGAGUUUAAAACCUAAGCAAUAAAGUUUUCUUGAAUACUUCCGUUUCCUACUCGCAAUUGUACAAGGUGGGGUAGACAAUAUGGAUCAUAAAGGAUUUUGACUUAAGAAAUAAUGAAUUUGUUGAAAUUUUACUGUCCAGAAAUCAGCCAGGCAUGUUUCACAUCUAGCAUGUGUCAAAACCUCUUCACAAGUACCUGAAAACAGAAGAGCUAUUAGCUGCAUGCUUAGUGCUAUUGCUGUCCAUUUAAAAGUGGUUUUUGAGUGGUUUGCACAUUAGAAAAAUCAUUUUACAAAUGGUUAAAAAGAACUGAAUCUGACUUCUGCCAGUCGACAUUUCAUUAAAAGGUAAAAUUGCUUUUCUAUGGUGUGGAUUUAGCAAAAUAAACAUCAUUACCUCUUGGUUUCAACCAGCCUAAGCUUUGUGUGGCAGUCAAAUAUCAAUCACAGAGGAGACUAAUGUAUUUAAAAGAGCCUAUAAGGGUUGAUUUAUUCGAUUUUCAUUUGCACUUGCUUACAAAACUCCUGUCCCUAAAAAAAAAAAAAAAAAAAGCACAAGGUUUU